AUGACUGUUAUCGCACACAGCGACUCUGAAAAGACAUUGAAAAACACAGCUUUUAGGGUGCUUGACACGAACGAUGAAAAUCGAUGGUGGUUUCACAAUGACGAUAAUAAUGAGGAGUCAAGCAAACAUCGAUGGUGGUUUCACAAUGAUGAUAAGGAUGAGGAGUCAAGCAAAACUGGAAGUGAGAAGAAAAGCGAAAAGACUAGCGAAAAGACUAGCGAAAACAAUUCUCAUCCCGAAAACAGCAAUAAGAAUGACGACAAGAACCCGCAUUCCAACACGAACGAUAAAACUAACGACCAGAGCAAGCCUCUCAACAAGAGCGGCGUCACAUUUGACCAAGUAAGCAAAACUCUCAUCAUGGCAGCUGCUGUGCUUAUAUAA